GAGGGAUCGUGCAAGUAGUUUGGCCUACUUCGCUUGCCAUUACGGCGGAGCGCCGCGCGGAGGAUUGUGGGUGUGGGUCCCCAUGUGAGGCUCGGGAAGGACUCCAGACGUAUUUGGUUUCUUCAAGCAUUUGGUCAAGAUUAAAAAUUUAAAAUGUCAUCCAAACAAGAAAUAAUGAAUGACCAGCGGUUUAGACGGGUCGCAAAGGACCCGAGAUUUUGGGAAAUGCCAGAAAAGGAUCGAAAAGUCAAAAUUGACAAGAGAUUUCGAGCCAUGUUUCAUGACAAGAAGUUCAAGUUGAACUAUGCCGUGGAUAAAAGAGGACGCCCCAUUAACCAUAGCACUACAGAGGAUUUGAAACGUUUUUAUGACCUUUCAGAUUCUGAUUCCGAUCUCUCUGAUGAAGACAGCAAAGCAUCAAAUCAAAAGAAAAUAAAGAAGAAAAAAACCCAGACUAAAAAAGAAAUAGAUUCAAAAAAUCUAGUUGAGAAGAAAAAGAAAGAAACCAAGAAAGCUAAUCAAAAAGGUUCCAAAAAUAAAACUGAUUUAGAUAAUUCUGAAAGAAUUAAAAAAAUGAAAACCUCAUGUAAAUUUAAGGUAGAUUCAAACAUAAGUCCGAAGAAGGAUAACAAAGAAUUUACACAGAAAAGCGCGAAAGAGAAAAAAAACAUUGUUCAACGUACUACAGACUCUUCUCUCAAAGAAAAACAAAGGACGUUAGACUCGGGCACCUCUGAAAUUGUGAAGUCUUCCAGGACCAAGCGUUCUAAGACAAGAGGAGAAAUGCAAUCAGUGGUUCCACCUAUAAUCACAAGAGACAGUGAUGAUUAUGAAAACUCGACAGAUGUUGAAAUGUUUGACAAAGAUGCUCUGGAGGAAGAUUCAGACAGUGUUAGUGGAAGUGAUGAAGAAUCUGCGAGUGAAAUUAUAGGUGUUGGUAGAGCUUCAGGUGAUGAUGAUGAUGGAAGUGAAGAUGAAGAUGAAGAGGAAGAUGAAGAGGAGGAUGAAGAUGAGGAUAGUGAGGAUGAUGAUGAAAGUGACAGUGGCCCUGAUCUAGCAAGGGGUAAAGGAAAUAUAGAAACUAGUUCUGAAGAUGAAGAUGAUAUGGCAGAUUUGUUUCCAGAAGAAUCUGGUUUUGAGCAUGCUUGGAGAGAAUUAGAUAAAGAUGCUCCUCGUGCUGAUGAGAUUACACGUCGAUUAGCAGUUUGUAACAUGGACUGGGAUAGAUUAAAGGCAAAAGAUUUGCUGGCUCUGUUCAAUUCAUUUAAACCUAAAGGAGGUGUUAUAUUUUCCAUCAAGAUAUAUCCUUCAGAGUUUGGAAAGGAGAGGAUGAAGGAAGAGCAAGUUCAAGGACCAGUAGAGCUAUUAAGUAUUCCUGAAGAUGCCCCAGAAAAGGACUGGUUUAUACCAGAUGAUAUUACUUUUGAUGAUGAGCCUAAGGAUAUAGCCUCAGAAGUGGAUUUAACAGCAUAUAAACCAAAAUAUUUCACAUCUGCUGCAAUGGGAACAUCAACGGUGGAAAUCACUUGGGAUGAAACUGAUCAUGAAAGAAUUACAAUGCUCAACAGGAAGUUUAAAAAGGAGGAGCUUUUGGACAUGGAUUUUCAAGCCUACUUAGCUUCCUCUAGUGAAGACGAAGAGGAGAUAGAAGAGGAGCUACAAGGUGAUGAUGGAGUCAAUGUAGAAGAAGAUGGGAAAACAAAGAAAAGUCAGAAGGAUGAUGAUGAACAAAUUGCUAAAUACAGGCAGCUCUUGCAGGUUAUUCAAGAGAAAGAAAAGAAAGGCAAAGAAAAUGACAUGGAAAUGGAAAUUAAAUGGGUUCCAGGUCUUAAAGAAAGUGCAGAAGAGAUGGUCAAGAACAAAUUGGAAGGAAAAGAUAAACUGACCCCUUGGGAACAAUUUUUAGAGAAAAAGAAAGAGAAAAAAAGGCUGAAAAGGAAACAGAAGGCUCUUGCUGAAGAGGCCAGUGAGGAGGAACUUCCCUCUGAUGUUGAUUUGAAUGACCCAUACUUUGCUGAAGAAGUUAAAAAAAUAGGUAUAAAGAAAAAAUCUGCAAAAGAUGGCACAUCUCCAGAAGAAGAAACUGAAGUAGAAAGACAAAAGGCUGAAAUGGCUUUGCUUAUGAUGGAUGAGGAUGAGGACAGUAAGAAACACUUCAAUUACAACAAGAUUGUGGAGCACCAGAAUCUGAGCAAAAAGAAGAAGAAGCAGCUCAUGAAAAAGAAGGAAUUAAUAGAGGAUGACUUUGAGGUAAAUGUUAGCGAUGCACGGUUUCAGGCAAUGUACACUUCCCACUUGUUCAAUUUGGACCCCUCAGAUCCCAAUUUCAAGAAAACGAAAGCUAUGGAAAAAAUCCUUGAGGAGAAAGCCCGGCAAAGAGAACAGAAAGAACAAGAACUUACACAGGCAAUAAAGAAAAAAGAGAGUGAGAUCGAAAAAGAAUCACAAAGGAAGUCCAUUGAUCCUGCUUUGUCAAUGUUGAUUAAAUCUAUAAAAACCAAAACAGAGCAGUUUCAAGCAAGAAAAAAGCAAAAAGUCAAAUAACUGGAUGUUACUUAUUUUUGAAUUGAAUACAUCUUUUCCUAAAAUGUACAGAAAUAGUAGGAGGAAUAUUUAUUGGGAACAAAGCUAUCUUUCAAGAAUGUGAAUAAAAUCUUUUUCUGGACAUGGUAAAAUUUUUCUCCAUAAAUAAUUAUACUUAAUUGUGGAUGACUGACAAAUUUGUAUUGUAUAUUCCUACAGAUUAGUCAUAAUUAAAUUACCUGAAUUAUACAGUUUAUAAAAUUUUUAUAUUUUACGAUGUUCAAUUCUAACUAGUGGAAAGUUACUCUAGCUUUUUAAAAGGCUAUUUACAAUUCUCUGUAAAAAUAGAGCAAUAUCUACUCUUAAGUUUAUGUAAACGUUAGGGAUAAUUUGAAAAAACAUAUAUUUAAUACAUUAAUUUCUCUGGAAGCAGGAGGCAUGUUUAAAUAACUAUUAAAAUAAUUUAUUUUUCUAGCUGUAAAGGAUGGAAGUCAAGAACUUUUUGUUGUUUAAUCAAGUAUAGUCUGUUUAUGAAAUUAACUUGUAAAUACAAGUGUAAAAUAUUUUCAUUAUUUUGUAUUGCACUGAUUUAUUCCAUUUUAUGCAUCUCAAAGUACUCUCUGGAAAAAAUAUCUGAAAACUGAUUUUAACUUUUUAAGAGGACAACUCCAUUUAAAGGCAGUUCUGGAGUUGCAUUGCUCAUAAUUGCAUUUGAAGUAUUCAUGAGCUCUCCAGUGGUUUUUCCUUUUGGUAGCAACAGAAAAUUCUUCUGUCUGUCCUUCAGAUUUUUGGAAUACUUCAGAAGGGUGGAUAUGCUGCUGUAAAGUUUAAGGAUAUCUUAAUUCUUCUUAAAACACAUCUAGGGCCUUAACACUCUUGGAUCUCAUCUAUAAACAACUGACCACCUGAGACAGUCAGAUUAGAUAUGCUGUAUAAAUAAAUGUAAAUAAAACCAACAUUGUAA